AUGAGUGUUUAUAUGCGAGAGGAUUUAACACGUAAUGAAAAAAUUCAACACGCACGACGAAUUCUGAAUGAAAAUAAACACUCACUUGAUGCAUGGGCUAUACUUAUACAAGAUGCUCAAGAUAAAAAAAUUGCUGAAUCAAGAGAAUUUUACGAAUCAUUAGUAACACAAUUUCCAACCUGCGGAAAAUUUUGGAAGAUUUAUGUUGAAUCUGAAAUAAAAGGACGAAAUUAUGAAAAAGUUGAAAAACUUUUUCAACGGUGUUUAAUCAAAGUAUUGAAUAUUGAUCUAUGGAAAUGUUAUUUAAAUUAUGUUCGUGAUACCAAAGGAAUUUCACCGUCAUUCAGAGAAAAAAUGGCUCAAGCAUACGAUUUCGCAUUGGAAAAAAUUGGCAUGGAUGUUUAUGCAUAUACGAUUUGGAAUGAUUAUGUAACAUUUUUGAAAUCUGUAGACGCUGCUGGUUCCUAUGCUGAAAAUCAAAAAAUUGCUGCCGUACGAAAAGUCUAUCACAAAGGUAUUAUGAUACCAAUGAUCAGUGUAGAAAUAUUAUGGAAAGAUUAUUGUGCCUAUGAAAUGGGUAUAAAUCCAGCAUUAGGUAAAAGUAUGAUUGAAGGUCGUUCACGAGAUUUUCUGAAUGUAAAACGAGUGACAAAAGAAUUAGAAACACUAACACGUGCCGUCGAUAAAAAUAAUCCAUGUGUAUCACCAGUAUCACCACAAUCAACCGAUGAAGUAAAACAAUUAGCUGCCUGGAGAAAACUGAUUGCUUGGGAACGAUCAAAUCCAUUGAAAACCGAAGAUAUUGUACUUGUAACACGUCGUGUUAUUCUUGCCUAUGAACAGUGUCUUCUUUGUCUUGGGUAUCAUGCUGAUCUUUGGUAUGAAGCUUGUGCUUAUUUGGAACAAACAUCUCGAACAUUUUCAGAACGAGGUGAUGCUCAUUUAACCAAACGUUUUCUUGACGAAGCAUCUGCUUUAUAUGAGCGUGCCAUACAAACCUAUAUGCGGUCGAAUAUGUUGAUUUAUUUUGCUUAUGCUGAUUUUGAAGAACAUCGUUUAAAUAUUGAUAAAGCUCGUUCGAUUUAUAAUCGUUUACUUGAUGUUAAUGAAGCAAAUUUAAAAGAUCCAACACUUGCCUAUAUACAAGCAAUGCGUUUUGAACGACGCACCGAUGGUAUAAAAUCAGCGCGAACUAUAUUUAAACGUGCGCGUGAAGAUUCACGUGUCAAUCAUCAAAUCUAUGUUGCAGCUGCGUUAAUGGAAUAUUAUUGUACAAAAGAUAAUAAUAUUGCAUUUAAUAUAUUUAAUCUUGGUCUGAAAAAAUACGGACAAAAUGUUGAUUAUAUAUUAGCUUAUAUUGAUUAUAUGACACAUUUAAAUGAAGAUCAUAAUGCACGUGUUCUAUUUGAACGUGUUCUAUCAGUAGAUAAUUUAAUAGCGAAACAAUCUCAAUUGCCUUUAUGGAAUGAAUUUCUAAAAUUUGAAUCUCAAGUUGGAGAUUUAUUGUCAAUAAAAAAAGUUGAAAAACGUCGUUUAGCUAUUUAUUCCGAUUUAAAUGAAUUAGAAUUUCGAGAAACUUUACUACUUAUUGAUCGAUAUAAAUUUCUUAAUUUAUUACCAUGUUCAAAUGAUGAACUGAAACUAUUAGGUUAUAAAGAUACGGUGAUGAGAAAUUCGUCAUCGGCAUCAGUGACUAGUCCUGUUGUCAAUGGUACAGCUGUAUUAGAGCAAGCUGCACGCGAUCGACGUACGAAUUUACCUCGGCCAGAUAUUAAACACUUGAUGCCAUUUCGACCAACAAGAAAUCCAUUACCAGGUAGUCAUCCGACUCCUGGUGGUGUGUUUCCAUUGCCCGAUACAGCACUUUAUCUUGUUAAAGUUCUUCCACCACCCAGAAACUUUGAAGGUCCAUUUGUGAUUAUCGAUGAAUUAAUGGAUCGUAUGACGCGUACUGCCAUACCAGAUACUUUUGAACCCGUACGUAUAAGUGUUCAAGGUGAAGUCAUUCGUGAUCUUGAUACAAACAAUAAUCAAUCCAGUCGAAAAACUGAACAUCCAGAUAGUGAUGAUGAAGAUCAUCCAUCGAAUAUGAAUGGACGUGGAGCGUUAAAUUUAUAUCAACAACGACAACAAAAACGUGUUAAACUAACUACAUCAGCAGUUAAUGCUGACUGA